GUCCAGUCAAUUCCAAAUCAUAUCGAUUGAGCAGAAAUCAGAGUGGUUUUCAGAUACCACACCAUACCACUGAGUCUCACUCCCUGCCAAAGGAAAUUCAUACUGCUUUUACUGUUUCCAGAUUCUGCUCCAUGAGUUCAAGGUUGUAGAAGAAUCUUGUCUGACGGGGAGGAGAGGACGUGAGCAAAUCACCUCUACAGGUCCUUAUAGAAAAUCCUGCCUUUGCCACUGCCUAGAAAAUGUCUUAUGGAUCUAUCGAUGGAAGCGGAUUCGGAAGCAGGAACCCCUUUGGAGGCCCGUCAAGACAAGGAUAUCAACCCUUAGCCACCCAGAUUGAUCCCAACGAACUGCAGGAAUUGUUUCAGGAAACUUCAGCCAACGUCUUCCGAAUUAACUCCAAUGUGACUUCCUUGGAAAGAAGCCUUAGAUCCCUGGGGACCUCAAACGAUACACAAGAGCUGCGAGAUGGACUGCAUGAGACUCAGCAGGAGACCAAUAAAACCAUCACUACCAGCACCAAAGCUAUCAAGCAGCUGUCUGAGGUUGUCAGAGGCUCAUCCAGGCAAGAGCGACUUCAGCUGGACAGGUUGAAGAACCAGCUGUCCGAUGCCAUCCAGCGAUACGGAGCUGUACAAAAGAAAAUAGCAGAGAAGUCCAAAGCUUUGCUUCCCACAGGGCAGAGAAGCAGUAAACAGCAGAGUCCCCGCACUCCUUUCUCUGACUUGGCUGAUGAUGAGAAGAUCUUCAAUGGAGGGGAUAGCAUGUGGCAGAGCCAGGAUCAAGAUCAGGCCCUGCUCUCAGAAAUCACCGAAGAGGACUUGGAGGCCAUCCGUCAACGGGAGGAAGCCAUCCAGCAGAUUGAGAGUGACAUGUUGGAUGUCAACCAGAUCAUUAAAGACCUGGCCUCCAUGGUCUAUGAGCAAGGAGACACAAUAGAUAGUAUUGAAGCCAACAUUGAGACUGCAUCUUCUAAUGUAGAAUCAGCCAACGAGCAGUUGGCUAAAGCCAGUCAGCACCAAAUGAGGAGAAGGAAGUGCCUGGUUGCUCUUGGGUGCUUUUGAGGAGUAUUGAAAUGCCUGUACCAGCUGAGACAGAUCUGGUAGAGCAGUGGGGGGCACUGCAAACCUCGGCUUCCUCUCCCUCCCCUCCUUGAUCCCCCCAGACUCAGCAGCAAGCUGCUUUCAGGAGGCAGUCGUCCCACGCAGCUCAGCACCCAAAGGAAGCAUGAAGCCUCUGAGUUCAAGAAGCGGCUGAUGGAUGCACAUUUGCAGCAGAGUGCCCUGUUCUCCUCCUGGUAUCGGCAGCAGAGCACCCUUAUGAUCCAGCAGAGCCUCAUCUUGGAGAACUUAGUGGAGCAGAACAAAUGGCUGGCGGACAAUGGUAAGGCCCUCACCCGACCCCUGGAGAAGAUGGUGGGCUCCCGACACCCACACAAAGAGACGGCACGUUUGGUUCAGGACUGCCCCACGGGGACCUCCGCCCAUCUGCUUUCCCAGAUAGCCAGCGGCGAGCUUGCAGGGCAGUCGGGCGUUGAGGCGUUCUCGGGAACGAUCUUAAAAGUUGAGGACGACGCUUGAAGGGAGAUGCCCUUGUUCCUCGCAUAUCAUUUUUGUCUGUAAAUACUUUGUUU